GAGCUGGCACUGAAGUCGUUGGGAAACGAGGGGCUGUUUCUCUUUUCGUCUCUGGACACCAACAACGACCUGUACCUCAGCCCGGAAGAGUUCAAGCCCAUAGCUGAGAAGCUGACGGGGGUUGCUCCCAUCUCAGAAUUUGAAGAGGCAGAGACGCCCGAUCCAAGCGGGGAGACGUUGUCCGUUGUGGCUAAAUUCCAGCCCUUGGUCAUGGAAACAAUGACGAAGAGCAAAGACGGUUUCUUGGGAAUCUCUCAUGUUGCUCUCUCCGGGCUGAGGAAUUGGACCGCCCCAGCAGCCCCCAUGACCGUGAUACCUGCCAGGCAGUUUAAAGCCUUUCUUCCUCCAAAGAAUAAACUGGAUCUUGGGGAUCCGUGGUGGAUAAUUCCUAGCGAAUUGAAUAUCUUCACUGGCUAUCUUUCCAACAACAGAUUUUACCCUCCUCCUCCCAAGGGCAAAGAGAUCAUAAUCCACAGGCUUUUGAGCAUGUUCCACCCGCGCCCCUUCGUAAGAACCCGCUUUGCUCCCCAGGGAGCUGUGGCCUGCAUCCAAGCCAUCAGCUCCUUCUACUACACCAUCACCUUCAGGAUCCACGCUGAGUUCCAGCUGAACGAGCCACCAGAUUUCCCCUUCUGGUUUUCUCCAGGCCAGUUCACAGGUCACAUCGUCCUCUCCAAGGAUUCUUCCCAUGUCCGAGAGUUCAGGCUCUUCGUCCCUAACAACAG